AGCAGUACCAGCGCGAGCAGCAGCACGACUGUGACCACCACGACUGGGACCAGCACACCACGCGCAGCAGCACCAGCGCGAGCAGCAGCACCACGGUGACCAGUACAACGGAAACCAGCAGCACCAGUAGGACUAGCACGAGUGCUACCAGCACCACUGUGACCAGUACGACAGGAAGCAGUAGCACCACGCGCAGCAGCACCAGUGCAUCCAGCAGCACCACUGUAUCCACAUCGACUGUAACCAGCAGCACCACGCGCAGCAGUACCAGCGCGAGCAGCACACCUCUGUGACCACCACGACUGGGACCAGCAGCACCACGCGAAGCAGCACCAGCGCAAGCAGCAGCACCACUGUAUCCACAUCGACUGAGACCAGCAGCACCACGCGCAGCAGCACCAGCGCCAGCAGCAGCACCACUGUGACCACCACGACGGGGACGAGCAGCACCACGGUUAGCAGCACCAGCGCAACCAGCAGCACUUCUGUGACCACCACGACGGGGACCAGCAGCACCACUCGCAGCAGCACCAGCGCGACCAGCAGCUCCACGGUGACCAGUACAACGGAAACCAGCAGCACCACUAGGACCAGCACGAGUGCUACCAGCACCACUGUGACCAGUACGACGGGAAGCAGCAGCACCACGCGCAGCAGCACCAGCGCGAGCAGCAGCACCACUGUGACCACCACGACCGGGACUAGCAGGACGAGCAGCACCACGGUUAGCAGCACCAGCGCAACCAGCAGCACUUCUGUGACCACCACGACUGGGACCAGCACACCACUCGCAGCAGCACCAGUGCGAGCAGCAGCACCACUAUGACCACCACGACUGGAACCAGCAGCACCACGCGGAGCAGCACAAGCGCGAGCAGCAGCAGCACUGUGACCAGCACGACUUGGACCAGCACCACUAGUCGCAGCAGCACCAGCGCGAGCAGCAGCACAACUCUAAGCACCACGACCGGGACCAGCAGCACCACGCGCAGCAGCACCAGCGCCAGCACAGCACCACGCGAAGCAGCACCAGCGCAAGCAGCAGCACCACUGUAUCCACAUCGACUGAGACCAGCAGCACCACGCGCAGCAGCACCAGCGCCAGCAGCAGCACUUCUGUGACCACCACGACGGGGACGAGCAGCACCACGGUUAGCAGCACCAGCGCAACCAGCAGCACUUCUGUGACCACCACGACGGGGACCAGCAGCACCACUCGCAGCAGCACCAGCGCGACCAGCAGCUCCACGGUGACCAGUACAACGGAAACCAGCAGCACCACUAGGACCAGCACGAGUGC